AAGAUCAUCACUAUUUUUGUCAUUUCGUUGAUUUUAAGGUUGAAAAGCCUACUGCUUUGUGAGAUUUUUGUUAUUUUUAUAACGUUUUGUAGGCAACGCUCAUCGGAAUUAUCAUGAGUAAGCAAUUGGCUAAUACUAGACUGACGCAAAAAAGACCGUCCAGCCCGUCGGAUUGUGGGCCCAAAAAGAAGGCAAAUUUGAAUACCAGUUUCGGCAAAUUUAAUUGUGAUGUGCCAGAGAAUGUAAAUGAGAUAAUACAAAAAUUGUUGGCAAGACAAGUGGAACUUGUUGAACAAUUAGUUUUUAAAGAUGUAGAAUGUCAAAAAUUGCAAAGAAAAUUUGACGAAGUAGAUCGUAACUUUCGGAAAUGGCAUGAUUUCGCAGUUAGUCUGCAGGCACGGGUUAAGCGACUAGCGCUGAUUUUACACAGACAACAAGAUUCUAUGAAAAACCUUCAAAAUAAGGAGAUAAUCACAAAUGAUACAACAGAGGCAAAACCGCAGGUUUCUAAGGUUUCUCCUGGUCUAAGUCAAUCUAACAUGUCUAAAAGCACAGUUCUGAAAGAUGAGAGUGGAAAAUAUUCGAAAAGUUACAUUGUAAAACUGAAGCAAGAAUUUCAGCCAAAAUCUGACACGUCAGCUUCACCUUCUGUUAUUAUUGACCUCACAGAAGAUGAGGCAGCAAGUAGUUUCACAAAUCAUAUUAAUAAACCAAAUUCACAAGCUGCAGUCACACCGUCGAAUGUCAAACAGAACAUGGUCAAACCAACCCUAAACAGUGGAAUAUCAGGAAAUGUAACUUCAGCUACUCUUGUGCAUCAUACCUCAAAAAAAUUGUUUAUGAGUAAUAAUGAUAGUAAACCUCUUGCACCUGCUCAACCGGUUGGAUUAUCUACGGCAAAUUCAAAUGUUCGCCCAACUGUCCAGGUCACCACAAUGCCAUCACAGAUAGGAAGGAAUGCUCUAAAUAGUGAUAGCGUUAUCAAUUCAAUCAAGCAACAGCAAUUCUUACUGCAGAAAAAUGGAAUUCGAUCACCACUUACAGUAUCGAUAAAUUGCACGAAUGGAACUCCUUAUCCACCUCUACCUCCAAUGCCAUUACCGCCAGCAAAUUUGCAAAAAUUAUCUUUUCCACCACCAUAUCAACCAUUGCUGAGAAUAAAUAAGAGCAAAGAUGGUAUAGAAUUGUCAUGGGACCAUCCUGGUGUUUCUCGUGCGAAGAUGGAUAGCUAUGAAUUAUAUGUUUACCAGCAUAAUCCAAACAGUAGCAGUGGUAAUCGCUGGAAAAAAAUAGGAAAUGAUUCCAUAAAGGCAAUGCCACUACCAAUGGCCUGCACACUGAGCCAAUUCUCUACGGGUUCGAAGUAUUAUUUUGCUGUACGCGGAAAAGAUGUACAUGGACGAUAUGGUAUUUUUAGUGCACCUUGUUGCAGCACUGAUGUUCAGUGAUUUGAUGUUAAAGAUAUUGCAUUUACAUAGUUUUUUUUUCUUCUUGCCACAUUUUUUACUACUGCAGCUACUUGUUUCUUGAUUUUUGACUUUGAGGUUUUAAUACAUUUUUUACUUGAA